AUGGGAAAUUGUGCAGCAGAUCGAUCCUAGGCCUAAUCGAAAUCGUGCAUGGAAACGAACCCGGUAACGUUGGAUCUACUGCCGAAGGAGAAGUACAGUAAUUUAUUCGUCGUUGAAUGAACAGUAAUAUAAAGCUUCUAUCAUGUCUACCCUAAAACCGUUGACUGUCAGUGGGGAGAGGACAUCGGGAGAUACAGUGAGGACACAAAAUGUAAUGGCUGCUGCUGCAAUAGCCAACAUCGUCAAAAGCUCUCUUGGUCCAGUAGGAUUGGAUAAAAUGUUGGUUGAUGACGUGGGGGAUGUAACAGUAACUAAUGAUGGUGCGACCAUCCUCAAACUUCUUGAAGUAGAACAUCCAGCUGCUAAGAUUUUGGUAGAACUUGCUGAUCUCCAGGACCAAGAAGUUGGAGAUGGAACAACAUCAGUGGUCAUUAUUGCAGCUGAACUUCUCAAGAUGGCCGAUGAGCUUGUCAAACAGAAGAUUCACCCUACAACAAUCAUCAGUGGAUACAGAUUAGCGUGCAAGGAAGCAUGUCGAUACAUCCAGGAACACUUAACAAUAAGCACAGAUGAUUUAGGCAAGGAGAGCAUCAUCAAUGCUGCAAAGACAUCAAUGUCGUCAAAGCUUAUAGGAAGGGAUCCAGAGUUCUGGUCAGAGAUGAUCUACGAGGCUGCUCAGGCCGUCAAGACCACAGAUGCGAAGGGCGCCAUCAAGUGUCCCAUCAAGGCUAUCAAUCUCCUGAAGGCUCAUGGGAAGAGUUCGAAAGAAACUGUCCUUGUUCCAGGAUAUGCUCUUAACUGUACUGUAGCAUCACAAGCAAUGACCAAGAGAAUUACAGGUGCGAAGAUUGCAUGUCUAGACUUCAGCCUUCAGAAGACCAAGAUGCAUCUAGGUGUCCAUGUCAUCGUAGACGACCCUGAGAAACUUGAUGCCAUCCGUCAAAGAGAGUCUGACAUCACCAAGGAGAGGAUUCAGAAAAUCUUGGAUACUGGGGCCAAUGUGAUUCUGACCACCGGUGGUAUUGAUGAUCUCUGUCUCAAGUACUUCGUAGAAGCCGGAGCGAUGGCUGUAAGGAGGUGCAAGAAACAGGACCUGAAGAGGAUUGCUAAGUCAACGGGAGCUCAAUUAAUAGUCACCUUGGCUAACUUAGAAGGUGAAGAAACAUUUGAAGCUAGUAUGCUGGGACAGGCUGAGGAGGUUGUCCAGGAGCGUGUCUCAGAUGAUGAACUUAUCCUCAUCAAGGGGCCCAAGGUCAGGAGUGCAGCAUCCAUGAUCCUGCGUGGAGCCAACGACAACCAAUGUGAUGAGAUGGAGCGAUCUGUCCACGACGCCCUCUGUGUGGUCAAGCGUGUCAUCGAAAGCAGGUCUGUGGUCGUUGGAGGAGGAGCCGUGGAAUCCGCACUCUCCAUUUACUUGGAGAAUCUAGCAACCUCAUUGAGUUCACGUGAGCAGUUGGCCAUCGCAGAGUUUGCCAACUCCCUUCUGGUCAUUCCCAAGACCCUUGCAGUCAACGCUGCAAAGGACUCUGUUGAUCUGGUGGCUAAGCUCAGGGCGUACCAUAACACAUCGCAGCUUCAGGCCGAUCACUCGCAUCUUAAGUGGGUUGGUCUGGACCUGGUUGAAGGAAUCGUGCGAGACAACAGAGCCUUCGGUGUUCUGGAACCUGCCAUUUGCAAGAUCAAAUGUCUGAAGUUUGCCACAGAGGCCGCCAUCACGAUCCUGCGUAUCGACGACCUCAUCAAGCUCGCACCCGAAGAACCACCCCAGGGUGGCCCAGGAGGUGGUCACCCUGGAAUGGGCGGCAUGGGUGGCAUGCCAGGUGGUAUGGGUAUGAUGUAACCUCUGACCUCUUAGCUGAUGUUCAUUUCGGGGAUGCCCCUUUUCAGGCUAUAGUCUGAAUUCAGACAAGCAACUUACUAGGGAAUAUAUGCUACUGCACAGGAAAGUUCCUAAGGAUGCAAAAUACUACAAUAGGAUUCCACGGAAGAAAACAGAUCAUCCAAAUAGAUUUCCCACCACACAUGUGGCACUAAUACUAUUUUCCCUUUUUCGCAUUGUCAUGGCUUUACUUAAACUAAUACUUAGAACAAGGCAACACAAAUCCUGUUUACCUUGUGACUGGGAAAGAUUUCCUUUUAUACAAUAGCUGUAUGUGGAAGCUCAACUGAAUUCUAUUGAAGUAUUUAUUGUCCUCAAAGACCUUGUUUGCUGUAUCAUAAAUUCCCUACAUUUAUGCCAUAGAAAGCAUUCAGUGUGCCAAAAAUGGCUCAUUCUAGCUGAUUUUCAGGCAUUUGUAUCAAUACGAAGUGGCAUCCCUGAGAGUUGACCUUUGACUCUAUUUGAGUGAAUGGUUAUCUUCUCUGUAUUUAUUGCAAUGAGUGGCAUGUGGUCCCUUUGUUUUACAACCAUCUCCAGGAUCCCUUUCACAAAACUUGUUAACAUAAAAAAUGGCAUAUGAUUGGCCUGCAGCAAAGUUGUGAUGGAAAUGAAGCAUUUGCUAUCGAUAACAAUUUUUGUGCAAUGGGACAGAGAUUUGGGAGGAGGCAGUUUUGUAUUGUGCAAGAUAUUUCUUAAUUUAAGUCAUUGCUUUUAACCUUUGAUGGUGCUGUUUCAUUCUUUGCAAUCACAUCCAAGUUUCUUAUUGAGAUUGAAGAAUGGUUGAAAUAACAUCAUUAUUGGUUCAAAAUGUGAGAUUUAUUGCUAACCUUGCAAAGAAUAUUUGAUAUGAAUUUUAUGAUAUGCCUAAUGGUAGGUUUAAAAGAAUGAAUGCCUUUUCUAUUAAAUAGUAAAUUGAAUGUGGUGUCAAAAUCUAGAAUUUGUCCUGGACAUUAUAAUUUGGGAUAUAUCAACACAAGGGGAGCAUUUCACAAACAAAUAGUCAUUUUCACUGACAUUUGUUAUAAGCUACUGAAAUGCUUGUGUCUGAUUGGCCGAGAGGAAAUUUUUCAGUAAAUAUUACAGACAACAUUCAUGAAACAUUCCCUCUCUGAAAGCAGAUUGGUGCCUAAUCCCAUUUUCGUUACAAGGAGCAUGCUUUCAGAGAAAGUGGUCGAAAGAAAAUUAAGUAGCCACUUGUGCUUGGAAUUUUUGCCCCUUAUUUGAUCGAUCCUGUGGCAACAUCCCUUAUCCUUGAUUGUGUGACAGAAUAGUUCAUGAGUAUGAGCGCAUCUCAAUGAAACUUAAUUUGCCUUUCCUCUUCAACUUGAAUCACAUGUUUGUUUCUCAAGGUAUUUAACUGGAAUGUAUCAUUGACCACAAAUCAAGUUUCCUCUUAUGUCUCUCUCUUUUUCUGUGUCUCUGGUUAUUUGUCUCUGUUUUAUCUCUCACUCUCGUCUCUCUCUCUCUCCUUGUAAUUGCCUUCUUCCUCUAACCAUCUUCAGCUCCUUCUCUCUUUCUCUGUCUUUCUUUUUCUAUCUUUCAAGUCUCUUUAUCUCUUUUUCUGUUCCUCUUUAGUCAUCUCUCUAUCCUUGUUUAUACUUGUAUCCCUCUCUCUGUCUUCAACACUAUCUUUUCUUUGUGUCUCUGCCUGCUUGUUUAGCCUUAUUAUUCCUGUAAACUCUCUCUCUCAUGAGUUGCAUUCACUUGACCUUAGCUCUGUCAUUCAAAGGCUUGUGGUUAUAAUGAUGAUUAAGAUCACACACCACGGGGCUAAGAUGACCUUAGCAACGCUA